AUGGGUGCAAGGUUCACCCUCAAUGCCUUCAGUUUGUAUCUCCUCGCCUUGCGCUGGACCGCUACCGCCCAGACUACUCUCAACGAGCAGAUCUUAAGCACUUUCAUCUAUACCAGAUAUGGCGAUAGAACCCCGUUUGUGCUUCCCAUCUCGCCCACUUUGACACCUCUAGGUGCUCAGCAACUUUUCGAGGCCGGCGACACAAUUCGCCAGAGAUAUCUGGUGCCAGUCGAUGGCGCGGCCGAGCCAACGACAAUCUCGGGCAUCGCAUCAUACCAGCUCGAAUACGACCAAUUGACCAUUGUGUCGACCGAUGAUCAAUAUGUCUUUGCUUCAGCUCAAGCAUUCCUUCAAGGGUUGUAUCCGCCGUUGCAGACGUCGUCCAACUACACGUACAUUGCUGGUCAAAGUACUAUUCAAAAUGGAUCGAAUCUGGUGGCUCCACUAAACGGCUAUCAGUAUCCGAAUAUCAACUCUGUUUCAAGCAAUGAUCUCAACUCGAUCUGGGUCGGUGGGAUGAGCAAUUGCCCAGCAUAUGUAGCCUCAACCAAUGACUACUACGGGACUGAAACUUUCGAGAGCAUUGAGAACAGUACCGCGCAGUUUUAUGCAAGCCUGCAGCCAGACUUCUUGAACGGAGUCUUUUCAGACGCGUCUGUCGGCUACUAUGAUGCGUAUUACAUCUAUGAUUACCUCAACUACGCGUCGAUACACAACACAAGUGCGGCACAGCUCUUGUCGGCCGAAGACCUGACCGGAGCAAAGAUCUUGUCUGAUGACUGGGUCUUUGCACUGAAUGCCGAUGUUGAGGCUUCAGGAUCUACUCCUGGUGACCAUAUCCGAGCAAUAGGCGGUCGUACACUGGCCACACGGAUCCUUCAAGCCUUCUACACGACCAUCAACACUCAAGGCGCUUCAGACAAGAUGACACUCUUCUUCGGGAGCUUCGAGCCCAUGGUCGCAUUCGCAGCUCUAGCCCAGUUGGUCUCGCCUCAGAAUGCAGCAUUUUACAAUGUCCCUGAGCCAGGUGCCAGCUUUAUUUUCGAGCUCUACACUCUGCGGGCUGAAGACGUCGACACCUAUCCAGAAACGUCGGACAUCUUUGUCAGAUUCCUCUACCAGAAUGGGACAGGGCCCGAUUCGUCGCUGGUGGAAUAUCCUCUCUUUGGGCUGAGCCCCAGCCAGGACAGCAUCACUCUAGUAGACUUUAUUGCGGGCCUGGAGAAGUUUAUGAUUUUCAAUGUGGAGGACUGGUGCACAACCUGCAAUAGCUUCAGUGUGUUCUGCCCGGCGUUCACAGGAACCGAUGGGAAUCUCAACCCAACCACUGGGUUCUCUCCUAGCCGCCAUGGCUUGUCCCCAGUCGUUGCCGGUGUCAUUGGGGCCGUUGUCACACUGGCAGUGGCCGCUCUUUUGUUUGGCCUGAUGAUGUUGCUUGGUGGUGUGAGAUUACAUCGCGUCCACAACAAACGCAGGUCCGAGUUGGGAGGAUUCAAAGGUGGGAAGAAGCUUGCCAGUGACCAGGAUCUUACCCUUUCGAAGGGCGGUGCUGGUGCAGUUAUUGUGACGAGCGAAGAUCCAGCCUAUCCGGCACCCGUAAGAGGCCAUGAACGCGUUGGAAGCUGGGAACUCAGGGAUCAAGCAAAGGCUGAAGAGGCACAAGGGCGCGUCCUCAGCCCAGCUGAUAUCCGACCGCGACGACCAAGCUACGAAGAAGAUGACCUGCCUAUCAAUCCCUUCACGCCCCCAGUUGCACCACACAACCAUGUAUGA